CUUCAGAAACAGCAGGAAAAAAGAGAAAGAGCGAAAUCGUGACGUGGCAGAGUCAGUGUGGAGAGCAGAGAGACAGCAGCAGCUUCAUCUUCAUCUUCAUCAUCAUGUGGACGCUUCUCCUCACUGCCCUGCUCCCAUCCGUCGUCUUAUCAUAUGAAGUGGACACGAAAAAACUCAAUGGUCUUGCGAAGGCCAGAGUGGAGACGUGUGGUGGAUGACAGCUGAAUAGGCUGAGGGAGGUCAAGGCCUUUGUGACCCAGGACAUUCCUCUUUACCACAACCUGGUAAUGAAGCACAUUCCUGGGGCCGACCCUGAACUCGUCCUUCUCGACCACUACUAUAAAGAACUAGAUAGAAUCCCAUUAUCUGAAAUGACUCGCACUGAGAUAAACGACCUCUUGGCAAAGCUGGGAUUUUAUAAAAAAGAGAAUCCCGAAGACCAAGUGCCAGAGGAGUUCCGCUUCUCUCCGGCGAAAGACAGUCCCUUUGAGGAACACCAGUCCACCAGCCCACCCCCUAAGACUGAUACAGACCAAUCAGAUGUGGAUUCCCAGCACACAGAUCUGUAACCCCUUAUAUAAAAGCGAUGGUGUGGGAUAUCAGCAUUGUGGUUGAUUUGAAAUUACCGUGAGAACUAAAACUGAGCCAGACGAGCUCUCUCCAGAGUUUCUCUCCUUGUUCCACAUUAUUGCUUAAAAAUAGUUCGCCACACAUUCAGCAACUUGAUUUGAGUGGCAUUAUUCAGUUCAGACACUGAUUGGAAAAUAUUUAGAAGUUCAGAGUAAGUGCAAGCUCGUGUGUGAGUAGUUCAUGUUUGUAGCAGUGAACUGAUACGGUCGUUUGCUCUCACUGUACUGUACAUAACCUUAUUUCUGCCCAAAGGGGACGUUAAUGAUGUCCACAGCUGUAAAAGCCUGAGACUGGCUGGGGACUGAUGAUCUGUGUUCUCAUGGGCAGAAAUCAGGCCUGCAGACAGACUGUGGGAGCAGAAAGGUACCACUGAGAAAAUAAAGGUUUGAAAUAUCA